AUGUCGAUGCCCCAAAGAUUCACCGAACUGCCCGUCGCUGAACUCGCUGUGCCCGUGGCGCCCACUCCCUACUCAUCGAUUAUUGAUUCGCCUGAGUUCCAAAAGAUUAUGGAAAAGCUCGACAAUGACGAGGAUCGUCGGAAGCUCGUUGAAAUCAUGGAAGAUGACGAAUUGGCCAUGCAAAAGGUGAAAAAGGCUAAGCUUUCCAGCAGUGUCUGGUUGACUAUUGCCAAUUUGAAUGCUUCUGUGUUGUUGCCUCUGGCCCUUGACCAAAGAAACCGCCAUAAGCUUUUCGUCGGGCUCUAUGAAGUACGCAGUUUCGAGAAGUACAACGAAAACCCGAUGCACAACGUUCUUGAGCAAAUUCUGAAGGGGCAACGUUACGACAUCGACGAGGCAAGAGAAAUGAUGUUUAAGAUGAAGGCUGACACUGUGGGUAAGAUCAAGGACGUCUACCACAGCCUUCAAGGCCCCACUCCUGGGCAGCUCGAAUACAUCGACAACGCUUUGGACAACGUGGUACAAGCCCAGGUGUCAAACCAUUAUGAAGGAUUGCAAAAAUACCGCGAGACCAUGAUGGAUAAAAUCAUGCGCUAUAAGCUCCCGCCGUCGAUUUUGUCGGAAGCGUUCUUGCUCGUCCAUGAAUUUGAAUCUGCUGUGGACGCUGAGGAUGAGAUUAGCAUUCAGGCGUUGACCACUAUCAUGAGCCAACUCUCUGUCAACUGA